AUGUCUAAAAUGAUUACAGCUCGCAGUCUGACCGGCGCCCGCCGUGCGUUCUCUGCCCACGCGCGGCCCAACUGGCUGGAGAAGAACUGUGGUGACGUGCCCACGCACCCGCAAAAGCAGGACUCUGAGGUCAGUGCGAUGCUGCGCGGCGGCCACGCGCUCCAGAUCGCUAGCUUGAAGCUGUUGAACGCCAAGGUAGCGACUUCUCAAGUGAUUCGAACAUACUCGAGCUCGCAUGUUGAGAAACUAAAGGAGCUGCAAAGAAUUGAACGCGAGGCAGUGCAACGCAUUGAGAAAGGUGUGCGCACCAAAGACUUUCGGUUCCGACCGAGUCUGGUGAUCCCUGCUAUGGAGCUUGGCAGUUUGGCUGCAGGCAGCGUGCUGAGCACGUUGGGGGAUACUAUCAGCACGUCGUACGUGACGGGAGUGAAGAUGGCGAUAAGCGACUUCUACAACGACCAGAUUCGUGAGAUUUACGCGAGCAAAGCAGGAAUGGUCGAACUCAAGGAGUUGUUCAAGGUCGCGCGUGAUGAAGAGCAAGAGUUUGUUGACGCGCAUACGUCUGCGAGCUCGGUCCCAAGUGAAGCCAGCUCUGACCCUGUGACGACAUUCGCGAAGGCUUCCUUGAAGGUGCUGGCUCAAGUUGCAAGGGUUGUGUAA